UUCACACCCAUCAGGGACUCACACAGGGCUCACAGUCAAUAGGAASKGAGAGCACACAGAGAGAGACCAGUAGACAGAGACAGAGAUAGUGACCAUUAGAGAAAGAGGAGAGAGACCCCGGUGUUGUGGUUGAUUCAUAGAGGCAGUAGAGGCAGGAUGUGGGUCCUCAUCUGGGCAGCUCUACUUCUCUCUCUGACAGAGAGAACCACYUGCCAAAAUAAGGACCCUCCAGCACCAAUCAACAUCACCUUCAGUCCAGCAGAGAUAACACCACAGGCUGGACUAUGUGCUGUUAUUCCAUGUUCGUUCACUCACCUUGAUGACUUCACUGCUCACUCAGCAAUAUGGUUUAAAUGCCCUGAUACACAACGUUCUAUAAAAGUCGACARGGUCUCUAUUUUCCACUCAAYAAAUUCCUCUAAAGCUCAGGAGGGUUAUAGAAGMCGAGUGUCACUACUGGAGACAGACCUGASAAAGAAGAACUGCAGUAUAAUCAUCAACGACAUCACMAAGACUGAUYAUGGAGACUAUCAAUUAAGACUGURCGGAACAUUUAACAGUGGAAAUAGAAGUACAUUUASWUCKCGAGAGAAAAUGAAAAUUGCAGUGAAAGCUCUGACCCAGAAGCCCUCAGUGUUGACUCCUCCUCUGACAGAAGGAGAACCAGCGACCCUGACCUGCACUGCCCCGGGGAUCUGCUCUGGAACUCCUCCUAACAUCACAUGGACAUGGAGAGGGACAGGAGACAACAUCACUGCGCUCAGAGACAACACCACUAUGCAAAAGAGAGAGGAUCUGGCCAGCGUCACAACAACCCACUUCUCAACUUUGAACUUUACACCUUCAGCAGAGCACCACACCACCAAGGUCACGUGCCAAGUGACAUUCAAAGGGAACGUCACCACUGAGGAGACAGUGACUUUGAAUGUGACUCAUGUGAAGGAACCCAAGAUCUCUGGUAGUAACACAGUGAGAGAGGGUGAUACCCUGAAUCUGUCUUGCUUUGUUGACAGCUACCCACCACCACCAUCUAUCACCUGGAGUAAGAAUGGGACAACAGCUUUGGAACAGAAUAACUCUGGACUGGCCGCUCUCACCAUCUCUAACAUGACAAGAGAACAUGCAGGGGAGUAUGUGUGUAAAGCUCAACACCUCAACAGGACUCUGACAGCUUCCAUUGUUGUCACUGUGAUGUACCAUCCAGUGAUUCUCAAUGCUUCUGGGUGUGUCAUCCAGGCCAAGGUCAUGACCUGUGUGUGUGUCAGUCAGGGGGUCCCCUUACCUCUCAUAGGCUGGCUUAACACUGAGGAGUACUCCCUCACUAAAUCAGUGUUGAGGUCCUCAGUGAACACCACCAUCAGGAUGCAUGUCGGAAACCACACCAACACUACUGUGGAGUGUGUCAGCGCAAAUGAAGUGGGCAGAGUGAGAGAGAAGCUGCAAGUCACCCAAAAAGAGAGCCAAGGAAAGCAAGGAGAGGAAGUAUCUAAAGACAUCUUGGCUAUGCUGUUGAACCCAUCACUGAUUGCUGCAUUUGUGAUUGGUGCAGCCUUCUCAGCCACCAUCUGUUGUAUCUUCCUGUGUUUGACAGGGAAAUGUAGAAGAUACAAAGAGAGGAUCCCAAAGGACUCAGACUCCAAAAGCCCUUUAACGAACCUGGCGAUGGUGGCAUGUGAAGACCAACAGACGGAUGCAGGACAGGCUGUGCGGGGCGAACAGACCCCUCUGCAAGUGGUGCUGAUGGAGGGAUCUGAAAACACAGAACCCCAGACCAGUGGAGCUGCAGGAAACUCUGCCAAAGGGGAUGUGCACUACGCCACUAUCAACUACUCCCUGCUGAAGAAGAAGACUCCUGAGGAGGCAGAGAAGGAGACCACCACCGCAGAGUCAGAGUACGCCAAAAUCAAACGAAAGAAUAAGAAAGAAGGGGAUGAAGAUGGAGGAGAGGGGAGUGGUGUGAUGGACGAGGAGGAGAACGAGCCAGCAGCAGAGACAGAUGAGAAUACAACGCUUUACUCCAACGUCAAGGCUAUUAUGGGUGGUGGUGAGUGACACAGCAAUUUCGCUAGAAACGUGGGGGAUAGCAUGCAGUAUUAUAUAGCCAUGUGUUCUUAUAUCAUUUCCUGAAUCCAGAUUGAAAGUUUUAUGUUGAUAAUGGGACUUUUGUUCAACUGAAACUACUGUAGUUUUGGUGUUGUUUCCUCAUGUGCUGAAUCCAGUUUGAAUGUUUUACGAUAGUACAGAGAUGUUGUUUAAUAACUGAAACUACUGUAGUUAAUAGUUUUGGUAAAUGKUUUAUUUUACAGCCCUGUGUCAGAUGGUACUGUAUGUAUCUGGUGGUUGUACAUUUUCAAUAAGAAUAUUUUCUAGUUGUACAAAAAAGGAAAUUUUGGUAAUGUUUUUUAAAAGUUUUUCAAGGAAGUGUCAUUUUACUUUUGUAACGAUUGUGUUUUGUCACCAUGAGGAAGGAUUGACAAAGAUGUGGUUUGGAAAAGUAGAGAGGUCAAACCAUUUCUUUUUUUUCUCCUCUUUCCUUUCAUUUUUGCAUUUUGAUUUGACAAGUGGGUGGGGAUAUUAGGUAGUAUGUGUGGAUGUAAUCAAUAUAUUUCUGUAAAUAGAAUACUGAUACACUGGCGAAAAUGUUGGCAAAAUGUUAUUUAAGAAUUCUCAUUUUGGGCUAGCCAGAGAGCUCAAAUGAAAUGAAUCAAGAAAAAAAGUACAUUGUGCUUUUAAAAGUUGUGUGCUAUAGACGGGUUGGUUGUUUAGCAACAAAACAGAUGUGCGCACAACAAUAAGGUAAAACAGACGGGUUGGCUUAGAUUGUUGACAACAUGUAAACUAUAUUUAGUCUCCAAUGUUUAAAAAUAUAAAAAUCAUUUGUACAAUGAGCACAUGUUUUUUCUCAAAUACAUUGUUAGUUGUCUGGUUAGCUAGGUAGCAUUUUAUUUGUGCCAAAUUAGCAAAUAACACACAAAAAAAGACAUUUCACGAACAACAUAAAACUUGCUGAAACGAGCCACCUACAAUUCCCCACAUGGCAGCUUCGUGUCGUUGUUGCUAGAUAUCUGGCCAUCCAGAAUCAUCACAACGGCUACAAGUGCCAUCACACGGCCUUCUGCCCCAUUGAAGCGUGUGUAUCGUUUUAAUGACAUUGUCAGCUAACCCGUUUAUGAGAAUAUUUUUCUAUUCAUAAGUGUGCAUUAUUGCAGUAUUGUUUUACAUUGAGGCACUAGCUUACUUAAUCUUUUUUUUGUAUUUUCAUUUGUUUGUUCUCUGAAACCUGUUAAAAGAAUGUAUAAAUAGUAUUUUUUCCAACUUACCAUAGUUCAUUCAACAGUAAUUAUAGGCUACCAAUUGUAUAAAUCAGGAAUGGGCAACUUUGAUGGGGGUGGAGGCCACAAGAAAAAAAUCAUCACAGGGGGCCGCAGUGGCUCAGAGGUCUGCAUACCCACACAUGAAGUCAGAGCCGGCCCUAUCCUUUUGGAGGCCCCAAGUUAAAUGUUGUUUCCACCACCUUGCGAGCACAACAUUUUACGUCUCCCCUCUUGAGGGUGGAGAGAAAAAAUGAGGUUUUAGAGUUAAUUUCCUGCAAUUCUACACAUUUUGCCAUGGGGUGUAAAGAAAAGGUUGCAGUUUUAAAGCAAGUUUGCUUCAAAUCCACACAUUUUCCCAUGGAGCGGAGAGAAAUAUUUGCAGUUUUAUAGUUAGCCUCCUGCAAUUUUACACAUUUUGCCAUAGUGUGAAGAGAAAUGUUUGCAGCUUUUAAUAUGAUCGCUGAGUGAGAAUGACUAACAAAAUCAAUGGGGCCCCCUCGGUCGAUAACUCAACCAUGAUAACUACAAGUUUAGAUAGCUGGCCGCUAGACUAACUUACCAAUCUUUUUUUUUUUGCUGACAUGGGCUA